UAUUACUUUGUUGCUCCUUUCAAGACGAAGUUAGCGAAGUGAAAGUUUUCAACCGGCUUCAAAGUGCUCAACAGCUUCAGCAAUUUUUUUAGACUCGGCAGUAUUGUGAGUUGUUGAUUUUCACAGGGAAUCGCUACGUCGCCGUUCUAGCGUAGAAAAGGGGCACUCCGUUGACAACGUGCACUUUUUCACAAUAGUCUGGUCUCCGAAACCUCUUUAACUGAGACGGUGCCGUUACGAUGAUGCGAUGUAAGAAAUAAAAGAAAGCGUAUUUGUGAAAGUCACUUAAUCCUUGCCCUGAUAACACUAUAGUAACCUGUACGUGGUUACGAAAAGUGUGCAUAUACAGGGUAUCGCACGUAACUUGCGCCAAGGAUUUAAAAAAAAGUGGUCAGCCGCUGCUGAAUGAAACCAACCGCAUACGGUUUGCUGUCAUGUGGCGCUUCUUACAGUAUUUUUUUUAUAUUCCGCUUAAUUAGUUAAUUAACUGAGAUGCAUUGUGCAAAAUUUUUAAUAUUAACUUUAGAGCCAAGUGCGUUUCAUGGCGUUGUAGAGGGGGUUCAGAAACGGCCGAUUCAAUUUUUUGUGGCAACGUACAUGCUGCGUGGCGAUUUUUUUUUUUUUUUGCGUUUAAGGAGAGCCCGCGAAAUAUGAAAUAAAACCAUGUGACUGCGCUCAUGCGCUAUCGUAUUACAGCGCUCCUCCCCACCUUGCAGGUUUCCGCAGAACUAUUACGCCAAAAUCUAUGGAUACAUGUUCUCAUGCUGGCAAUAAUUCAGGAUUUAUUUUCAGAACAAACCUUUCGUUCUUAAACACGGAGUAAAAAUCGUAUUUUGUUGUUGUUAAUUAAAUUCAUCACCAAAGCUUCGCUUCACACAGACUGCAGCGUGUGCUCUGAACCUGCAUGCACAAUUUGUAUUCGUUUUCAGAGCCAGCAGAAGUAGACUGCAAGAGCGAACAGGCUGUACAACGACCCAUGGAUGUGUUCCCCAGCCGGCUGUUGGAUCUGUGCAACCAGGACACGCCCCUCACCUUCCUUGCUUUCCUGCCCAACGGAUGUCAGGAUCGAUCCAAGUGGCUUGCCCACGGUCACCACAGCGAGGUCUUCCAUGUGGCGUCCCCGCGAAAGCGGACAGUCCUCAAGGUGAUUCCCGUAACGGGGGAUUUCACAGAGCAACGGAUCGACGCCAUCGCAGCAGCCAUCGAGUGCUGCGUCAAACUUAGCAUGCUGAGGCAUGGAGUGCGCUACAGAACGCCCAAUUUUGUCGAAACGCAAAGGAUCGCAUGCGUGUUUGACCAGUUCCCGAAGUGGCUGCUGCGUGGCGACCAUGGCCUCGGAUCCAGGGACUUCCAGGCAGGCCAGAACCAAUGUUUCCUGACGCGACAUUUCAUCGUGUUGGAGCUAUGCUACGCUGGAAAACCACUAUCACGGAUAACGCUGCGCAGUGCAGUGCAAGGCCGCAGCCUCGUGCUGCAGGCGUCGUGCUGCAUGGCGGUGGCUGAGCGCGCUCUGGGGUUCCGGCACCUUGGCGCGAACCCCGACAAGCUGCUGGUGACGACGACCGAUGCGGCCAGCCUCGAGUACCACCUGCCGGGCAGGUCUCCGCUGACCAUCGACAGCGCAGGCCUCAGGGUGCACGUUGCUGGUUGCUUGUCCUUUGCGCUUGGACCAGAAGCCAAAGAAGAAGACACGCCAGCAUCGCCACCGCGCGUCAAGAGCGCUCUCAGCAACGCCCCUUCUCACCACAGCAGCGAGGCGCAACGCUUCAAAGGCAACGUGGCGUGGCUUGGUGCCGUUGUGGACAGCGUGGUGCGCAAACUGCGCUGCGAGGUACCGGAGUCCCGUGCCCGAGCAGAACGCGGUCUCGUCGAGGAGCUGUUGAUGUUGCAGAGGCGCCUGCAGCAGUGCGACUCUGUCGGCGAGUUCUUCGACACGCUGAGCAUCUGAAGAUGGCACUGCACGUGCCCUCUUCUUGCAUCACCUUAUCGAUCUCGCUCAAUUUUGCUUUUUCUCGUUGAUACCGAGUGCCACUCGGCGUUUCAUGCUGAAAUAAACGAGGGCGUGAGCGUGCUCUUGCUGAAGUUCAUUCGCAGAGCCUCGGAACACUGGCAACACUGGUGAUCUGCACAUGCUAUGUCACUAUAUUAUACCACUGCAUAAGUCGUCGUCAUCAUCAUCAUCAGCCUGGCUACGCCCACUGCAGGGUAAAGGCCUCUCCCAUACUUCUUGUAUAAGUAAGGCUCGUUAAUUCUCAGUGAUUCAGUAGGCGUGAAUGUGACUACUAAGUUUUCAAAAUACUUCGAGUCGUCGCUUCUCUCGCUGUGGCAUCCGAGUGGACCUGCUUUCGGAAACGUGAGGCUUUUUUUUUCAUUUGGAAGCAUUAUUGGGAUUGAUCCGCUACGUUUUUCUUACGACGUAGGCCGGGUAGCAUGCGUUAACUGACCUACAAAGUAGUGCCGGGGCGCGCACGUCUGUUCUGCGUAACAAAGAAAGAAAUCACAGAAUCGAACCUUUUUCUUUUAUGUCGUACCAUAGCUAUCUAUAAAGCACACGUAACUCCUAAUUCAAUGGGUGAUCGGAAUAGAAUGGCAAGUAAAGGACAGUACACAGGAACAGAGCUCGGAGCACUGCAUCUUCGUUGGGCGGUUUAUUCCGCAACAAGGACAAAGACAAGAAGUUGACUUUAGCAUGCGCUAAAGAGGAUCAACGCGAAAGCCUGCGCACUCAUGAGACGUUCCUUAAAUUACUUUUAACACUCUCCAUUCGAAUGUGUUGUUACUUCC